CGGGUCCCGAUGGGUCGGUUGACCGUCCCUCCUCUCCCCCGAGUCUCUCUUGUAAUAUUUUAAGCUUCGGGACUCGCCAUCUCCCCUUGAGAUCGUCGCGAUGGAGUUCGCAUCCGUCCAGCAUGUCGUGCCUGAAGACGCUAAAUUGACCAACUCCCUGCGCGCGAUUGCGUACAUGGGUGACGACUUUCCGGACCGAGUGUUCCAGACACUGCUCUGUUCUCCAAAGGGUGGAGGCACGUAAAUGACGAGGAAGAGGAAGCAUCCGAAUCGAACAAUCCCACAAGGCGCCGCCCUGUCCAGAGACGAACAUGCAUAGCACGUAAGCAUGUCUCAGCCCGAGUCUAUCCAACGUUUCCUCCUUGAAGGAAGCGCACCGGCGGCUCGUUCUUGUUUCGUUUCCCAAGCUCCCAGACGGAAAUUCGGUCGGAUCCGGUCUAAGCCCGCGCGGCGUUGUCCUGUCCUCGGGCCAACAAACGGUCAACAGGAAACUCUGGCGCACGGGAUGAGAGAGAUGAAAGACAUCCUCUGCUACGGCACAGUGUCCGUAAAACUUAGCUUCUCGGUUGCUCGGGACCAAAGAAAGAAGAAGCAGUUCGUCUCGUGUCUCGUCUCUCCAACGAAGCUGCCAAACCCCCCCUCCCUGUUUCUGUUCUCUCCCCGGCAACCGGACCCGGCCAACAAGCCUUAGCUUGCCCUGGAAGUCGGCUAGCUGCCCUUCCCCUGAACCAUUGGGGGAUGCCGUGUGUGAAUUCUGACCGUCGUUGUCGGAGUUUUCCAGGUCGAAGCGGGACGAGAUCAAAGAAAAGAAAAGAGGAAGC